CAAGGUAUAGGGAUGCCAUAACAAGGAAGAUAUGUUGUCAUAUUCUUGUAAUCAAUCAAGAGAGGGGAGGAGGGAAGACAACCAUGUUGAGAUGAGGUUCUAAGGUUUCAAGCCCACAUGGGGAUCUAUGAAUUCCACUCCUUUAGUUUGACAUUCCAUCUGCUUACCUUUGUGUUCCUCUGGUUUUUGUUUCAGCAUAUACACUGGAGCAACUUCUCAAGCCAGUUGUUCUCAUCUAAGACGCACUGUACAAAGGACCAGACUCCUAAAGCUCCAUCUUCUGAAUCUUUUCUCUUAUUCCUCCUUUUUAUUUCUUAGUUCUUUAUUCCCAUUGAAAGAGCCAAUUUGGUACCAGUAGGAGGUUCCAUCUCGGCCAUUUCUUUUGGACUACUGCUCUUUCUUCCCCAUACUGAUAAGCCAAACCUCUUUCAGCUACUGCUCUAUAUAUGCGUGUGUGCUGUUCUGCAACCACAACCAAGUGACCCACAGAACUGUAGCUGUACAUUGGCAAGCCAAGAAUCCAUCUCUUCUUCUCCAACAUUCUUAUACUCGUCCAGAUUCGGCCUUUACAGACACACCCUUUCACUGUUUCUCCUGCACCUCUGCUACUAUUUAGUGAAGUUACCCUCUCUUCUUGUGCAGAGGGAUUCAUUCCGGGGAAGCAAUACCAAUCUCCCUUCCUUCAGCUAAAGCUCCAUGGGCCACCCAUGACAUCGAAUCUGAAGCAGGUUUGGUUUCCAGGGCCUCUAAUAGUAGGAGCUGGACCUUCAGGUAUAGCCACAGCUGCGUGCCUCAAGGAGAGAGGUGUUCCGUAUUUGAUACUGGAGAAGGAGACCUGCUUCGCGCCUUCAUGGAAGCUGAGGACCUACGAGCGCCUAAAGCUUCAUCUCCCCAAGCAAUACUGUGAGCUGCCGCUCAUGGCGUUCCCGCCGGAGUUCCCGACAUACCCCACGAAGCAGCAGUUCAUAAGCUACUUGGACGCCUACGUCGAGCGCUUCGCCGUCAAGCCAUUGUUCGACAUGGCGGUUCGGGUUGCCGAGUACGAUACCAGCAUCAGGUUCUGGCGAGUGAAGGCCGGUGACUUGGAGUUCAUAUGCCGGUGGCUCAUUGUGGCCACAGGGGAGAAUGCAGAGGUUGUGUGGCCAGAGAUCAGGGGAAUCUCGAGGUUCCGCGGGCAGCUCUUGCACACCAGCUGUUACAUGAAGGGCGAUGGCCACAGAGGGGAGAAGGUUUUGGUGGUGGGCUCUGGCAAUUCAGGCAUGGAGGUUGCUCUGGACCUCUGUGACAAUGAUGCCAAGGUCUCCAUGGUCGUCAGGGACAAGGCAAGUGGAUCAUCCUUGCUUCCUCUUCUUGCACUUUUGUACUAA